UAAAUCUUUGCUAUGCUGGUAUUUGGCUUUCGAGUCUCUAGCGGUGCAGUGGCAGCAACAGCAGCAGCGAGCAAAACACAAAAGCAACAAACGGCGUUCAGGCGAAAAACACGAACUUACCGAAACGAAAUCGCUGUGAAAAGAAAAUACAUAAAACAGACCAGACCACACAAAAUCCAAGCAAGAAAAACUUACAGACAUUCGGGCAGACUUUUUUUGAAAUUGUUGUUUUUAUUUUAAUGAAACACGCAUUUGUGCUUCUACUUGCGCUUUAUAAUUUUUAUUUAACUAAAAGCAGCAUUUCCAUUAACUAGUGCAAAGCACUUGUGCUCUAUUUAUUUUUUGUUUUUUUUUUGUGUUUUGCGAAGACAAAACAAACGCAAAGGAAACUUUAAUUGGAGCAUCGGGCCAAAGGCAAAACAACGAUAAGCGGGCGUAUACAAAACAAACGAGAAACGCAUUAGGAAAAAAAAAACAAAAAGCAAAAGAAAAAGGGGAUUAGAGCUCAACGCGCGCGCACUGUUUGUAAGUGUGAAUAAGUGAAAGUUACGCGCGCGUGUGCAGCGACAUAGGCCACGCCCACGCCACACCGCCCACAGACAAUGAACCGAUCAAACAGUUUUGUCAGCUCACUAAAAUGGUGGCCACUGCAGGGCCACAACAAUCAGGCAACGCCACCGACCGGAGCAGCGUCGAAUGGCGGCAGCGCCGGCUAUUCACAGUCGGCGCCCAGCUCUCCCACAUCGAAUUGGCCGCCGUCGCUGCAGCAGCAGCAGCAUCACCACCACAAGCUGAGCGUCGGCGCCAAUGUGAACGCCACAUUUGGCAGCAGCGUCGCCGUACAAAAGCUGCGCGAAUCGAAAUGGUUCAAGCCCGAAGAGCAUCGUAUUUUCUGCGCCGUAGUCGAAUGCGGUUUCAUUGUGGAGGUGCGCAGCAGUGCUGCUGCCAAAGCUGCGGCAGCUGCAGCCGCUGCUGCUGCUGCGGCGGCCGCUGCCAGCGAUGCCGAUUCCCUGGACAUCGAUUGCCCGGUCCUCACACUAGCGCCGCCAUUGAUAAUACCCCGUAAUGGCAGCAGCAGCAUAAGCUUUCUCGAAGCGCAGGAUGAAAACGAGACGCCGGUAGCCUCAUGGUACGGCAUCGUACUGUGCAAGGUGGCCAAAGACAAUAAACCAAAACCGGAAACUAUUGAGAUCUAUUCUGUAAAAAUACGAGAAAACGGAACAUACAAACUAAUCAAAAUGUCAUUGGCCGACAUUUGGAGCCAUGGCUGGGAGUUGCGCAUCAAUAAUUUUGCUGACAAGGAGAAAACGCCGCACAACGAAAAGGACAUACGCAAUCAGGUGUCGCUGGCACGCAAGGCCAAGCAGAGUCUUUGGAAUAAUAAUAAGCAUUUUGUGUACUGGUGCCGCUAUGGCAGUCGCCAGCAGGAUGUACGCAAGCGACAGAUGUCCGAGUGCGUGAAAUGGGGCAGCGUUGGCAUGAAUGCGGGCAUGUUGCUGGUGCUCAAUAAUAGGCAAAAGUGCCACUCCCACUCAAAGUAACUAACACGAAGCACACACUUAUAAAGCAUAUGAACACAUACACACAAACACACACACACACACACACAGACACAUUUAUACAUAUCGCUUUAAAUUCUUCUGCUUUGUCACAGAGCGUUAGGUGAAGGAGAAACAAAAGAGAAACAAACAAAAUCCAAAGCAAAUUGUGAUAAGAUAAAUCAUAUUUCAGCACCAAACAAAUGCAAAUAUAUGUAUAUUUAUUAACAUAAUGAUACAUACAUAUGUAUAUGAACAAUAUGCAGAAGAAACAACAACACAGCGAUCGUGUGAGCAGCAGCGACUGCUAGAGAGCGGGCUCUAAAUUGGUUACUUUAUUUAAUUAAAAAAAAAAAAGGGUAAUACACACACACACACACACACACAGAGG